AUGAUUUUAUUUCGAUAUUUUUUGACGCUUUUUGUCUUAGCACAGACUGUUAGAGUUUCUGCAUUCAAUUUUACGAUUAGGGAGUGUCCUAAUGAUAAAACCUCAACCGUUUUUGUGAGGAAACGGCGGCAUCUUGCCUUUCCUACGGGAUCUGCUGCUACAGUAACAACAUCAAUAGUAAAGACGUUCAUGACGCACGUACCUUCGGGAUGGUUCACAACGAUUGAGGCUGAGCUGGUGUACCACCUGCCUGAUGACAAGAUUGUAAGCGCUCACUUGAGGAGGAAGCUGCAUCAUCGACAGAAGAAAGAGAUCUGGGAGUCACUGCGGAACAUGUUUGAAUAUCGAAAUAUGAACGGCCGCAAUUGUGUGAUGAGGACAAUAUGUGAAGCGCAAACACAUCUCGCGCUGAAAGGCAAGUCUCUUGUUCACGAUCUCCUAAGAGCAAUGUUCACGGCACCGCUACGGGAACGCGACUUUGUCGAAGAAAUGGGCCUGACAUACGGUGAAAUAUUGGAACCAGACAUAUGUGAUAGAAGCAACGAUUGUCCUUUUUCAGUAAUCGGUUUUAUAUUGGAUUUGAAUAAACAUAAUUAGAUUGAUUCGUUUUAAUAAGAAGUGUACACUCUAAAUUGAUUAAAUAUUGUAUCCUUGAUUUAGUAGAGCUAGGUACAUGUUUUAAUAAACCAAACCGGAAUAUGUAUGGUGCAUGAUGGCACGUCAUUUGUAUAAUUAUAAUCACUAUUAAACAUAUUGCCUGUCGCCUUAAUGAAGUAAUAACAAGUAAUAACACACAUGUCGCCUUAAUGAAGUUUUAAUUUCCUAAAAAUAUUGAUAAAGUAUGUAACAUGAAAGAUUUUCGGCUUUUCCUUAUAUACUGAAAUUAAGAAUAUUUCAGUCUAUUAAUAAUAAUUAAUUUAAAAAAAUGA